UCUGUUUAAAAUUUUUUGUAUUAUAAAUUAGGAAUCUGUUGAACUACCUUUAACUCAUCCAGAAUAUUAUGAAGAAAUGGGAAUCAAACCUCCCAAAGGUGUAAUAUUAUAUGGACCGCCCGGAACUGGAAAGACACUAUUAGCAAAAGCCGUGGCAAAUCAAACGUCUGCAACCUUCCUCCGAGUAGUAGGUUCCGAGCUAAUACAAAAGUAUCUUGGAGAUGGUCCAAAGUUAGUACGAGAAUUAUUUAGAGUAGCAGAGGAGCAUGCCCCUUCGAUUGUUUUUAUAGACGAAAUCGAUGCCGUUGGAACAAAGAGAUACGAUUCAAACUCUGGAGGCGAACGUGAAAUCCAGCGUACCAUGUUGGAAUUAUUGAAUCAGUUAGAUGGAUUCGACUCUAGAGGAGACGUGAAAGUCGUCAUGGCCACUAACCGAAUAGAAACAUUAGAUCCCGCACUUAUCCGACCGGGAAGAAUCGAUAGAAAAAUAGAAUUUCCUCUGCCGGACGAAAAGACGAAACGUCGAAUAUUCCAGAUUCACACGGCAAGGAUGACCCUGGCCGAAGACGUAAUAAUUGACGAUUUGGUCAUGGCUAAAGAUGAUUUAUCGGGAGCAGAUAUAAAGGUAUUCAAUUAUUAUUUUUAAUCUAUGAAAAUAACC